AGGCGUCAGAAGGCGUCGUUUUCAAAGAUCGUUAACUUGUUGUCUUGGUGCCCGUGUUCCGGUAAACAACAACGCAGGAGUUGUAAAAGCUGAUGAUAAUAAUCUGUAUUCGUGACGUCGCCUCCAUGAAUUCACCGUGACGGCCAACGGGUCCUCGUGCCGGUUCUGCGCUACCUCCUUGACUUGAAACUGAAAACUAUGAUGGACAACCUGGAUUUCUCGGAAGAGGAAAUUCAAGAACAGCUGACUGCCCUGGGAUACAAAAACAUACCACGACACCGGCUGUGUGAAUUCAAGCAAGAUCUCGAUGAGCUGGUUCGGCGAGGCGAAUGGAGAUGCUUCGCCUCGCCCGCUCAGAUAAACGCCGCCGCGUCUCGGCCGAGUCCUCCCGCCUUCACCAAAGAGAAAGUUGGUCGCUGCUGCUUCGAAAGCUCUGCUGAAGGUUUUUUCUUUCAUGCCAGAGAAGUGGACCUCGACAGACCGGUGCUCACCGCCUGCCAGAACAGAGACAACGAGCGGCGGCAGCAGGGACGCCGGGAUUCGUACGCUCGGCACUCGGUGGCGCUGAACCUCCGGCUGCCUCCGGGAGCUCCCAGCAGGCUGCAGGUGGAGGAGGAGGAGGAGGAGGCGGGCCCUGAGGAAUCCCUCCGCCCGCCGCUGACUGACAGCUGCACGUCCACGCCCGACUCCCACCGGGGACGUUUCACCAAGAGAAAAGUCCUCCGGAAACAUAAAGGACAAUCCCUCGUGUGUGAUGAGUCCGUCUACAGCGAAGACGGGGAGGAGGUGGAGAUCAGCGAGGAAAACGCCAACGCUGUCGGUGUGUCAGGAGACUCUUAUCGGGAGGCUCCAGGGGAGGAGGAGGUGAAGGAGGAGGAGGAGCGAGGGAUCAGAGGGGAAGACUCCAAACCUGUUACAGAUGCCGAAGACUCUCUCCUAGAGGCUUCAGGGAAGGAGGAAGAGGACAAGUCCAACCCUCUCAGUGAGUCAGGAGACUCUGACCAGGAGGCUUCGGAGGAGAUUGAGCGAGUGGUCAGCGAGCAAGAGUCCAAACCAGUUGGCGACGCAGACGACCGUCUUCAGGAGGAGGAGGAGGAGGAAGAGGUAGAAGAAGAAGAAGACUCCAACCCUCUUAGCGAUUCAGAGGAGUCUUACCAGGAGGAAGAGGAGAUGGAGCGAGUGAUCAGUGAGCAAGAGUCCAAACCUGAUGGCGACGCAGACGACCAUCUUCAGGAGGAGGAGGAGGAAGAGGUAGAAGAAGAAGACUCCAACCCUCUUAGUGAUUCAGAGGAGUCUUACCAGGAGGACUCAGAGGAAGAGGAGGUUGAGCGAGUGAUCAGUGAGGAAGAGUCCAAACCAGUUGGUGGUGCUGAAGACGUUCUCACGGAGUCUUUGGAGGAGGAAGACUCCAACCCUCUUAGCGAUUCAGAGGAGUCUUACCAGGAGGAAGAGGAGAUGGAGCGAGUGAUCAGUGAGGAAGAGUCCAAACCUGAUGCAGACGACCCUCUUGAGGAGGAGGAAGACUCUAAUCCUCCUGGCGACUCAGAGGACCGUCACCAGGAGGCUUCCGAGGAGGAAAAGCCUGAACUGGACAACCGGGUCGGUUUGGAAGGCGGUGACGAUGACGACGAUGAGGAAGAACGCUGCAGCAGCUCCGACAGUCCGGCUCCGAGUCUGAUGACCUCCGGCUACGGCACCUACAAAGCGGAGGAGCUCGAGGGAGGAGGCCGAGACAGUCGGGGGGAUCUGUCCGAGGGGAGGGACGACGAAGAGGACGACGACGGGUCGCUGUCCGGCUUCGGCUGGUUCGACCUCAAACCCGCGGAGCCGGACCCCGCCGAGGCUCGUCCGGCGAGCGUGUUAUCGGCCGGCGAGCCCGAUCCUGAAGAAGACCGGGAGGAGGAGGAGGAGGAGGAGCCCGGUCCUGAAGAAGAUCGAGACCGGGAGGAGGAGGAGGAGCCCGAAGUCGAUCUCCGUGAAGCGACAUUAGAGGAGCGACGGGUUUGUAACGCCGUCGGUGAAGAGAAAGUGGACAUGAAGGAUUCUGCCGGUGGGAGUGAGGAGGAGGAGGAGGAGGAGCAGGAGGAGCAGGAGCAGGAGGAGCAGCAGCUCGGGGAGGAAGUGGAGUCCUCGAGCAACAAAGACAUCAAGUUCAUCGACUCCAACGCCGAGUUCAGCCAGAUGGCGUUCGACAGAAUGUGUGCGGAUUGGGAAGGAAACCUCCGGAAGGAGAAGAAGACGGAGAAGAAGGAGAAGAAGGAAAAGAAGAAGAUGACGAAGGAGAAGAAGACGAAGAAGAAGAAGACGACGGGGGCGAGCUCUCUGGAGGAGCAGCUGGCCGGUCUUCAUUUGUCUUCGUCGGCUCGCUUUGAGACGGAGAACGAAGAAGACGACGACGACGACGAGAGCGCCGGGACGGACGGAGUCUCCUUCAGCGCCUUUGAAUCCUACAUGAGAGGCAUGACUCGAACGCAGAGCGACGGCGACCUGAGGCCCAAAACCAAAUCCUUCAUCCGGCCGGCGAUCAGUCAGCAAACCAUAAAGAAGACGGACCCGGUGGCCAAGUAUUUCAAGUAUAAGCAGCUCUGGGAAAUGUUUCAACUUCCAGGAGAGAAAGACAGGAGAUCUCUCCGCUGGGAGAUACAGGAGCGACUUGCAUACCGACCUCCACCGGCGAAGCCGCGGAGGGUCUUCGUGCCGAACGGCUACAUCGUGCCGACGGACAAGAAGCGCUCGGCGCUCCGCUGGGAGGUCAGGAACGACCUCGCCAACAGGCUCCUCCCACACAAGUCCAGCUCCCAAUAAGCCUUUUAGAUCCAACUGCAUUGUUUAAGUUGUUUUUUUUUAAUAUAUAAAUGGUGUUAUUUAUUGUAUUUUUUUCACAUAAUAAACGCAUACAGAACAUA